AGUCACAUGGAAACAGAGAAUGACACAAAAAUUUCAGAAUUUCUUCUUCUGGGAAUUUCAGAGAACCCCACCUUGCAACCCUUCCUUUUUGGCAUUUUUCUUUUCAUGUACCAGGUCACUGUGUUUGGGAACCUGCUCAUCAUCCUAGCCACAAUCUCAGACUCUCAUCUGCACACACCCAUGUACUUCUUCCUCUCCAACUUGUCUUUUGUCGACAUCUGUUUCACUUCUACCACAAUCCCAAAGAUGCUGGUGAACAUUCAGACACACAACAAGACCAUAACCUAUAAAGGCUGCAUCACACAGAUAUACUUUUUCAUACUUUUUGGAGUUUUGGACAACUUUCUCCUGACUGUGAUGGCCUAUGACCGCUUUGUGGCCAUCUGUCACCCUCUGCAUUACACAGUCAUCAUGAAUCACAAGCUCUGUGGAUUGCUGGUUUUGGUGUCCUGGAUCACAAGUGCCCUGAACUCCUUGUUACAAAGCUUAAUGGUGCUGCAGCUGUCCUUCUGCACAGAACUGAAAAUCCCACACUUUUUCUGUGAAAUUAAUCAGGUGGUCCUACUUGCCUGUUCUGACACAUUUUCCAAUGACAUGGUAAUGUUUUUUGCAGCAGGGCUGCUGUUCUGUGGACCUCUAACUGGCAUCCUUUACUCUUACUCCAAGAUAGUUUCAUCCAUACGUGCAAUCUCAUCAGCUCAGGGGAAAUACAAAGCAUUUUCUACCUGUGCAUCUCACCUGUCUGUUGUCUGCUUAUUUUAUUGUACAUGCCUAGGAGUGUACUUUAGUUCAUCUGCAACACACAACUCACACUCCAGUGCAACAGCUUCAGUGAUGUACAGCGUGGUCACCCCCAUGCUGAAUCCCUUCAUCUACAGUCUGAGGAAUAAGGACCUAAUGGGAACUCUGAGAAAACUCUUCAGAGGGAAACCAUAAAAGAGCCAUUUCAAGAAAUUCCUGUGGUUCUGGUACUCUAAGCCUCAGAUCCAUACACUUUCAACAGAUCAUGAAGUAUAACCGCUCUUCUCAUUUAUGCCUUGGAGUCUCAAUUUAUUUAAAUCAGUUGCUUUAUGAAAUUUCAGCAACCUCAUCACUAAGCUUUCCAUUCCGUCUGAUAUCCAGUAUUGUUUCCCUUUCUCAUUUUCUAUUCCCAUUGUUUUUCCCAAACUUGGAUCACAGACACUUUGGAGAUUCACUUUAGUUUCAUAUUGUGGCAAGUUUCUGCCUUUGUACAUAAACUGUAGCAUCAGUUUUCCAGCACACAUUGACCAUCUCUAAUCUAAAAAUUCCAAGUGCUCCAAAAUGUGAAGGUGUUUAAGCACCAGUAUAGCACAACAGGUAGAAAGAGCCACACAGUGAAGUUUUGCUACAUGCACAAAAUUUUAAAUUGUUUGU